UUUUGGGAUGAUUUCGGGGGCGCGAAAACAUUUGCAGCUUUCGAGAAGACGUUUGUUUUGGUUUGUGACGACCUUUCAGUAGUCAUGUGUGAGAAGAUUAAGAAGGUGAACAGCUGGCUCGGCCCCGUGUUUGGUGAGCAGGUUGUGCCACAGUUUGAAGUCAACACACGGACAGUGGACAUCCUGUACCAGCUCGCCCAGUCCAGCGAAGCCCGCUGUAGUGACACAGCCCUCCUUAUAGAGGACCUCAAACAGAAAGCUGCAGAGUACCAGGCUGAGGGUGCUCAUCUCCAGGAUGUUCUUCUACAAAGCGUUGGCCUGUCCUCUGCCAGUUUGUCAAAGCCAGUUGCUGAGUGCUUAUCUGCUUUAGUAGACAAUGCUAUGGUGCUUGGAGUGAGAGACACUUCACUGGGCAGCUUUAUGCCAGCCGUAAACAACCUCACUAGUGAACUUCUGGAAGCGGAGAAGUCAAAUAGAAGACUUGAGAGAGAGCUCCGGGCCCUCAGAAAGAGACUCGGGUCAACUCUGGUGCUCCGGGGAAGUUUACAAGAGGAUAUCAACAAAACUGUCAAAGCUCAGGCAGUGGAGAGCGCUAAAGCUGAGGAGAAGCUGCUCAAAAUGGAUUUUGUGACAGCAAAGGCGAACGAGCUCAGUAACAGACGGGAGCGGUGUGAGGCCCAGCUUGUAUCCAGGAACAUGGACAAGUCUAUCACCCACCAGGCUCUUGUGCAGCUGUCAGAGGAAGUCACCGAGCUGAAAAAAGAAAUAAUCCCCUUAAAGAAGAAACUGGAGCCCUACAUGGACCUGAGCCCGAGCCCGUCUCUGGCUCAAGUGAAGAUAGAAGAGGCAAAAAGAGAGCUGGCUGCACUUGAUUCCCAGCUUGAGAUGAAUGUGGAUUUUAAAUGAAGAUUUGUCUAAUGUUACUGUAUUAUUUACUGUGUUUGUUAAAUAAUAAAAGUCACUUAAAUUUCUUUGCUUUGACACCCACCUUCUGGCUUCUUUUUAUGCAACCCAACAGAUCUGUGCAGAGACAAAAGUCUCCUUGUGCUCUAAAAGUAAGCGCUGCUUAGAGGCACUUUUUUCAAAACUUCCAGCUUUAAAGUCUUGUCAAUAUUAUUCUUUAUAUUUUUCUUUAUUUCACAGUUACCUAUUAGAGUAUUUAUUAGAGAACAAAAACAUCUGGCUUCAUCCGUUUUCUGUUCCUCCACCUCUUCCUGUUUGUUACAGACAUCGUUAACACUAAUCAAGAGCGUUGUCUUUAUUUUCUGUUCACUGCAGUCUAAUUGAGGGGUUGUUUCCCCUCCGAAGAAGUACUAACAACAUGUCGUGAGAGUCUGAUCUUUCUGCCCAAAUACAGAGACAAUAGAUGGCAUUAAAUGAAUAGUUUUGUUGUGAUGGCAACAUAUUUAAAAAAAACAGGAUUUGGUAACCACGUAAA